AUGCAAAUCCCUUCGGAAAACAACAACGUGAAACUGGAUACGCUUAGUGAACCUAGUGCUCAUUUAAUCGAGGAAAAUGUGGUUCUGCCCGAAGACACGUUCAGUUCGUAUCUGAACUACCUACUUUAUGAAUUGGUUCAUUGUAAACCGAUAGUGAUCUUAGUGUCAGUAAUCACAACUUUGGUUCUAUUGAUUAUACCUUUUCACAAUAUCGAUAUCUGCGCUGUAGUCUUCAUGAUAUCCUUUUCUCUAUCCAUUCUGUCUUUGUUUCUGGUUGUGAUGCACAAGUUCGUGUUACCGGUCGCUGAACAGGGAUUCAUUAUAAAGCUUUUAGUGGAAGUCAUAGCAUACAAGCCUGCGGGGAUGGCAUGGGGCACUAUUGCUUGUAAUAUGAACCAAUAUCUAUUCAAGGAGAGACUAUGGAAUACACCGUAUUAUUUCUUCACCACUUUUAUCCGUGAAGUGAACUCUGGUUCGCUCUCGGAUUCCUCAUCGAAUAAUACCGAGGAUACCCAAUCGCCUGUCUCAGCAAAGAAGACUUCAAAUGAUCCAAACAGAUUUCAUUAUAUUAGAUCGGACCCAUUUUUAAUGACGUAUGUUUAG